UCUCGGCGGGUGCGCUCCAACCCAAGUAGCUCCUCCUCUCCCUUGCGGGCUGCGCUAGCCAGCCGCUGCCAGCAGCUCCUUCUGAAGCGGUUCUUUAGCCGGGAAAACUCGGCCUUGUGCCGCUCAGUAAUCAACCAGUGAGAAGCCGGGGGUGUGGUAGGGGGCAGGCGCCCGCCGAAUACUUAGGGCCUCGCCGCCGAUUUGGCCAGACGAUUUCGUACUUUCGUGAGCGCCUUCGGUUCGCCGCCGGUGGGAAUCACAGAGCAGCCACCAGGCUGCAGAAUGGUGACCCCCUGCCCCACGAGUCUCGUGAGCCCCGCCGCCCGGGCUAGGAGGCGGGAUGACCAGAACCUCCGCGCCCCGGUGAAGAAGAACAGGCGCCCACGUCUACGGAGGAAGCAGCCGCUGCAGCCACUGAACCCGUGCCCACUCCCCGGAGACUCCGGUGUUUGCGACCUGUUCGAAUCCCCCAGCUCCGGAUCCGAUGGUGCAGACAGCCCCGCGGCUUCCACGGCGCUAGGCUGCAGCUCCCUACCUGCUCCUGCCCAGCAGUUGGUGCAGCUAGAUCUACAGACCUUCCGUGACUACGGUCAGAGCUGCUACGUCUUCCGCAAGUCGCGGGAGAGCCACUUCCACCCGAGGGAGUCGCUGGCGCGGCAGCCACAAGUAACGGCGGAAUCCCGCUGUAAGCUGCUUAGCUGGCUGAUCCCCGUACACCGUCAAUUCCAUCUCUCCUUCGAAUCGCUGUGCCUGGCGGUGAACACUCUGGACCGCUUUCUUACCACCACGCCUGUGGCUGCAGACUGCUUCCAGCUGCUGGGGGUCACGUCCCUGCUCAUCGCUUGCAAACAGGUGGAGGUGCACCCGCCGCGCGUGAAGCAGCUCCUGGCCCUGUGUUGUGGUGCCUUCUCCCGGCAGCAACUCUGCAACCUCGAGUGCAUCGUGCUGCACAAACUGCACUUCAGCCUCGGCGCACCAACUAUCAGCUUCUUCCUGGAGCAUUUCACGCACGCGCGCGUGGAGGCCGGGCAGGCUGAGGUCUCCGAAGCCCUGGAGGCGCAAGCCUUGGCCCGCGGCGUGGCGGAACUGAGCCUGGCCGACUAUGCCUUCACCGGCUAUACUCCCUCCCUGCUUGCCAUCUGUUGCCUGGCGCUGGCCGACCGUAUGCUCCAGCUCCCGCGCCCGGUGGACUUGCGCCUAGGCGGGCACCCCGAGGCCGCACUGCAGGACUGCCUGAGCAAGCUGCAGCUACUGGUGGCCAUAAACGAAACCUCCCUGACUCACAUGCUGCCCUUCCAGAUAUGUGAGAGGUGCAGCUUGUCCCCGAAAUUGAAAUGAAAUAGACAUUUGGUUUCCUUUUUCAUCCUAACCCAGAUGCUGGACCUCUCCCACUGUUUUGAAGGAGUGCACUUCUGGCCCACAGAGGGGUUCAUGGCUCCCACUUGAUCACAAGGUCAUCCUGCAGGUUGUAAAUAGUGUACUAUAGCAGCAUCUCCUUGUUUAUUUAUUUUCCUAAGAGCACAGGAGACACCCGAGUUUUCCCCCAAUAAACAUACUAUCUAUUUUG